AUGGAUACUCGAGCGAAUAUUGUAAACUCGAUGAUACUCUCAUUAAGGCGGUGCACGAACAGGAAUAAGUAUGUGCUUCUGUUAAACGAGCUCCUUUCCCUCUUUCCAAUGCACGCUGAAAAGAGCCUAAAAUUGUGCCUAAAGUCUAAAAUUAAAAAGUACACCCUGAUAAAGGAGAAGCGUCCUGCGAAGGAUUAUUCGUUGUAUCCCAUCUGUGGAAAUAACCAGAAAUAUCUCGUGUUCCAAAAUUUCUGCUCAUGUUUUUAUUUUAAGGAAAAAGUUUUGUGCAACGAUACGGACGUAAUGUGUAAGCACAUUUUGUCCGUCCUCCUGGCGGAGAGCUUCAAAAAUUACGUGAACAUUUUCCUAGAUUCGAGUUUGUUUUUUGAAUGGUUCAUGAAGAAGCUACGUACUUGA